AUGCACUUCGCGGACUUUGGGCCCAAGCUCGCCUUGAACCAGUCGAAGAUCUCAGACGAGGAGAACUAUUUCCUCAAGCUCCCGCCGGCGGCGGCGAUCGGAAACCACGACGAGGGCGUCGACAGAUACCCGGUGGAUGAAGGGCCGAGAGAAUCGGAGAACAACUCGUCGGUUCAACACCAGAGAACGGAUGCCCCCGAGGCGAAGAACAAGAGGAAGAGACCGAGGUCGUCGAAGACGACCGAGGAGGUGGAAAUUCAGAGGAUGACCCAUAUCGCCGUCGAGAGGAAUAGAAGGAAGCAGAUGAACGAGCACCUCCGUGUACUCAGGUCUCUCAUGCCCAGCUCCUACGUUCAGAGGGUAAGAACAGAAGAUGCUUCUUCUUCUUCUUCUUCUCCUUCUUCUUCCUUUUCUUCUUCGACUUCGAAUCUGACAGCGGGGUCUUCUGGGUUGGUGCAGGGAGACCAAGCGUCUAUCAUCGGCGGCGCUAUAGAGUUCGUGAGGGAGCUGGAGCAGCUCCUACAGUGCCUGGAGUCCCAGAAAAGGCGGAGGAUGGUGGGCGGUGAAGCUCUGAGGGCGCCGCCGGCGGAGGCUCAGGCCCAUCUUCCUCCUCCCUUCUUUCCGGGGGUUGACCAGAUGAAGGCUCUGGAGUACGAGGCGGCCAUCGGCGGCGGCGCCGCCGCCGCCGGGGAGGAGGCGGCUGAGAGCAAGUCUUGCCUGGCCGACGUGGAGGUGAAGCUUCUGGGGUUUGACGCCAUGAUCAAGAUCUUGUCCCGGCGGCGACCUGGGCAGCUGCUGCGGACUAUUGCCGCCCUGGAGGACCUGCAGCUCAACAUUCUCCACACAAACAUCACCACCAUCGAGCAGACCGUUCUCUACUCCUUCAACGUCAAGGUAAAUCAAAACAUUCACGACACAAAACCGCAUUUCUUUUAAAAUUCUAGCUUUCAGAGAGGGAGAUUGUGUGAUAGGAAGUUUGCUCAUAGGAGAGAGAGACACAGGGAAAGAUGGAAACCGGUUCUCAGAGAUAGGUUAAUGCUUGUGUGCGUGUGUGUGUGUGUGUGAGAGAGAGAGAGAGAGAGACUGAUUCUCAGAUAGAAAGCUGUGUAAAAGAGGGAGGGAUGAUGCUUAUGAGAGAGAAAGAGACAGAUGCUGUUUACGUGAGAGAGGGAUACUGCUAAUGUGAGAGGAUACUGUUUAUGAUAUGAGAGAGAGAGAGGGAGAGAGAGAGAUUCUCAGAUAGAAAGCUAUGUAAAAGAGGGAGGGAUGAUGCUUAUGAGAGAGAGAAAGAGGCUGUUUUCAGAGCAAAAUGGCAUAGGCUCAUGGUAUCCCCCACGUCUUCAAUGCGAGCAGAUUGCAGGCGAAGUGAGGUUCAGCGCAGAGGACAUAGCAAGCUCGAUCCAGCAGAUCUUCAGCUUCAUCAACGCUGGCGCCAUCUGA